CCAAUGUACAGGUCUCCUUUCGAUCCACUUCUUCCACACAAUCCUCGCAUCUACUCUAUUACCCACUCAUGCGAACGUCCCAGAAUCCACCGUGCCCCUCCUUACUCCUUCACUCCUUGGAGUGCCUUCAAGACCAAUAGGUGCAAGCUCUGUGAAAAGCCCCUGCGUGCUUGUAGGGAGGAACUCAGCCAGAGAGUACAGAAGAAGUACGACUGUCUGCCUAGUCAGCAUGGUGUGUACUAUGACUGAUAUCAGACUUUUGAGGAACUACAUCCGGAUACAACUGAGGGAGAAGAGGAACAAGAGGAAGAAGAGAUGAUUUAUCAAUACGAAGAAACUGAAGUGUCAGAGUCUGACUCUGAAGACCUGCCGUUUGAGGAGAUGCCUGAAGAGAAGCAGGAAGCGAAGUUGCAGAGCUCUGUGGUGACUGAAGAGGUGUUUAGGGAGAAUUUUAUGAAGACGUAUUAUUUUGAGAAGUUUAGUGAGACGGAGAGGAUGCCGGCGCUGGAAGAGGUGAUUGAGGAUCUGAGGGAGUUAUUUAAGAACAUACCAAAAAUCAAAGCCUAUGUUGAAAAAGCCUUCGAUACCCACAAAUAUGACGGAGCCCGUAUGGUAGUCACCAAGCUCUGGACUUCAAGCGAUGAUUUCACGAAGACACUGAACGCAGGCCUUGCCCUUGAUGCGGUGGCAACUUUUGGAGAAGAGGUCUUUAAGGGCGCACAGUUUUAUGAGAGUGUAUUGGCCAAAUAUGGUAAAAAUUACAAAGAAGUCAUUGACAAAAGUAUUAAAUACAUGCGCCUGCUGAACACAUAUAUCGUUGAAUUAGGGUCAGAAGCCAAUACUGAAGACAGAGUAGUUUAUCGUGGAGUCCCUGCUGGCGUCCUUCGCCGCAUUAAGCCAGGCGAGAACUUCAGGUACAUCACUUGGGGCUGUGCCAGUGAUGACUUAGACACAGCACAAGGCUUCAUGAACGGUACAGCGACUGGGAAUCAAGUUACAGCUGAAGACACUAAGAAGACCACAAUGCUUAAGUUUAAUAUUAAACAAGGAUGCUAUAAUGCAGGCAAGAUUAACGAAAUUGGAGUAUCGCAGUAUGGGAGCGAGAAUGAGACUUUGAUACCUCCAUAUUCAGGAGCAGUUUGUCUGAAGAAGGAGGUCAUAGAAAUGGAUAGCGUUGCUCUGGAAUCUUUUGAGACAGAGCAAACUUUAGAUGCUACAGGUGAGAAAGAGGUUACAGAAGAACCUUUUCCAAAAGAAGAAAGCAAGACUUCUGCUGAGAGCCCUACUAAAACUCCUCCCAAUCACAACCCCAACACCAGAAACGAUGAUAAGGCGUCCCCCUAGCUUGAGGAAAGAGGGGGAUGAAGAGAUGGGAGGUGGGGAUGAAGGUGAGGAUAGUGAGGGUAAGGCAGAUACCAUAAAGACGAAUAUCUUUGUGCUAGAUUUAGCUAAGGACAACAAGGAAUUUAACUCG